CCCUUUUUCAGCACUAUAGUUCACCAGAUUUGACAACUUUCAGAGUAGGCCAUGGACUGAACGUCACAGAGUUUCCUGAUUUCCAGGUAUGUGUUCCAACAAUCUCCUUGCUUCAAUGGUGGCUACUUUUGUAUAGAAACCAAGUCAACUAGUAAUCUGAACCUUAGCCUUUUUAAAUCAACACUUACUGUUUUCUUUUACUCUAUUUAUUAUAAAGUUUACCCUCUUCGUUAGGACAGAACUUCUCAGGACUGAAGGUUCUUUGGAAACUUUGUGAAUUCAUGGUUAGCAAAGAGUGGUUAGAUUUAGAAAGUAUGGUCUCCCCAGGCAGACACAGUAUAUGACAAGUUUUAUUUAAAUUCUGGGAAGAAUUGGAGUCUCGUGCACAAAUGAAGAGGAUUGGAGGUUUGUUAUGGGAGGGGAGUAGGGUGGGUAGCUUUGUUAGCCACAUUUCCACGCUGGAUCCGGCUUAGUUGUAGUGUUGAGGUCAUCCUAGAGCUUGUUUCUGCAUUGCUGAAGGAAGAGAGCGUAUGCCUAGUUAUUCUUUAGUAUUGUACUAAAGUUAUAUUCUGGAGUCCCAGAUUCUCAUGGUGGUAUAGAAGUGGGAACUGAAAUCUGUGAGACAUGUGUUGGUUUUCUACCACCAUGAAGCUCUCUCAUUAUGAAGUAUUGCAAGUUUCUUUUUAGGAUGAGAUUUCCUUGGAAGAUGGCUCUGUGAUCGUCAUGAUUACUAGACUUCUCUUGGACUGGAGUGAAUUAGAUGAAUACUCCCUAGCAUGGCCUAGGGUUGUCGGAGUUGAGCUUGAAGUUGUAGCAGUACAAUUGGAGAAAACUGCAUCUAUGUGCUCAACAUGAAGUGCAUGGUAAGAGAUGAAGAGAAGUGAUUUAGAAAGGAUGAGCUAGCAGACUUGAGAAUUAAAACUUUGAUUCCCUCAGAAACAUUUUCUUCUAUUGCAGGCAGAUACAUGGAAAGGAGUUGGCAAUGGGAUCCUAUAGCUUAACAAAAUCCUCGAGCAAUCUUUGGAAUAUUGAGGAUAAUGUGUGCAUGAAAAGAGUGAUGGUUUGGGCAUCUGUGCUCUCAUUUGGACAAAUCUCAUUGUUAACUUCGGCUCAAGUGGCACAUGCAAGAGAAAGUAUCAAACCAGAAGCAAUUUAUGAGGUUGGGGAGUUAUUUGAAUUGGGAAUCCAGCUCUCUUAUCUGCUUUUACUACUAGCUUUGCUUGGGGUUGGAACUUUCUUUGUUAUUCGUCAAGUCCUAACGCGUAGAGAGCUCGACCUUUCUGCUAAAGAAUUGCAGGAGCAAGUAAGAAGUGGUGAUGCCACUGCUACUGGGCUUUUUGAACUCGGUGCAGUAAUGCUGAGGAGAAAAUUUUACCCGGCUGCUACUAAAUAUUUACUUCAGGCAAUUGAGAAAUGGGAUGGUGAUGAUCAAGAUCUUGCCCAGGUUUACAAUGCCCUUGGCGUUAGCUAUGUUCUUGACGGGAAGCUUGACAAGGGAAGCAAACAGUUUGAAGCUGCCGUGAAGCUUCAACCAGGUUAUGUCACAGCCUGGAACAACCUCGGUGAUGCCUAUGAAAAGAAGAAAGACCUGAAGUCAGCUCUCAAGGCAUUCGAAGAAGUUCUACUCUUUGAUCCUAACAACAAGGUGGCAAGACCCAGAAGAGAUGCCUUGAAGGAUAAGGUACAAAUGUACAGAGGAGUUCCCAUCAAGUCUAAGGAUAGAUGAAUCUACUAGCUACUGUCAUAAGAUUAUCAAUUUUUUCUUUCUUUAUAAAUUAUCAUCUUAAGCAAUGCUGAACUUUUCUUCCUCUAGUAAAUUUUUGUACCUUUUCCAAAAAUUACAUUUCCAGACUCGAACAUUCUUUGCUUUUAUAUCUGGAUGACUGAAUAUUAAUUUUCAGAAA